AUGCAACCCAUAUAUGAUAUUCAAAUUGGCCAACGCGUUGAUACUGGUAUUGUCUGUAUGUUUAGUGCGCUAACGGAACGAAAGUGGAUAACAACGAAUGUUCGAUUAGAGAAAAUGACAUUAAUUGAUGAUGAUACCACAAAAUCAUAUAUUCGAAAAAUUGGUUCGAAUGGUACCGUAUUUGGUAAUAAAUAUCUUGUGAUUCGUACGGCAAAUGGGCUGAAAAUUUAUGAAAUACAAAAGACAAUAACAUCGUCUGUUAUAAAAAUAUUUUUCUUCUGA